AUGCCGCCCGCAUCGAACACGCCUGCGCGCGAGAAGGAGCAUCUGCACCGCAUGUUCUCCGCUGCUGCGAACGCCCUCGCCGACCUCUACCGUGAGUCAUCCAACUCCUACGAGGCAGGCUACCGCGACGCGCUCCUCUUUGUGCAGCGCUACCUGCAGAGCAGCUCGCCCGUCACAGAGCGCGGGCUCCCCCCAUCCUCGGCCUUCUCCAUCUGCGAGACCGUCAACGCGCAGCACAUGGCGCAGUUUUUGCAGCACACCAUUGCGACUCGCCGCGAGCGCAUGGCAGCGGUGCGCGGUAUCCACUCGUUGCGCCGACGCGGACGCGAGAGCGAGCAAGGGAACAGCGGAAUCGAUGACGCUGGCAUCGCGCGCGACGACGGAGAUGCCACGGAGAACGACGAGGAUGACGAUGGAGAGGAACCGUGCUUGACGCCGCGGUCUUCUCCGGCGGUGGCCAGAGAGCUGACGGCGGAUUUGACAGCUCUCGCAGCGUCCGGAGUAGUGAGCGCGGCCACGCCUCGCUUUUCUCCUGGCGCUCUCGUUACGGUGAAUAGCACGUCGCCUGCUUUGAGUCGCGAGAUGGAGCACGUAAUACAUAGAGAGCAUCCAGCGCCUGGGCGGUUGCCGUACCAGCCGCGCCGCCAGCGUCUUCGCAUGGAGCGCGUGCACGGUCAUGGCUCUCUGGGCUCCGUGGAUGGGCGUCCCCUGUCCACCCAGCUCCGCAUCGGAAGGAGAAGCUGA